UGAAAAACACCAGCCAUUGGAGAAGGUUUAGCCACUAAACAUACAUCGCAGCAGUUUUUUCGUUCUCUUCGCAAAUCUCUCGUCUUCGAUUUUCUGCGAAUCUCUCAUCUCCUUCCUUCCCCUAACCAACCGUUGAUUAACGAUGAAUGACAAAGGAGAGAAGACUUGUCCUAUAUGUGCUGAGGAGAUGGACCUGACUGAUCAGUAUCUAAAACCUUGCAAAUGUGGCUAUCAGAUAUGUGUCUGGUGUUUCCAUCAGAUUAUAGAGAUGGCGGAGAGAGAUAAAACAGAGGGUCGCUGUCCUGCAUGUCGUUCCCCUUAUGAUAAGGAAAAGAUUGUUGGAAUGACAAUUAGCUCUGAAAGGUUGGUUGCUGAACUUAACAAUGACCGGAAAAAAUCACAGAAGGUGAAAACUAAACCUUCAGAGGGAAGGAAAGAACUAACUGGUGUGAGAGUCAUCCAAAGAAACUUGGUUUACGUUAUGAGCUUGCCUCUUGAACUGGCAGAUGAAGAUCUCUUUCAGCGUAGAGAAUACUUUGGUCAAUAUGGGAAAGUCGUAAAGGUAGCAAUGUCUCGAACGGCAGCUGGGGCUGUCCAACAAUUUCCAAACAAUACUUGCAGUGUAUAUAUUACUUACUCCAAAGAGGAGGAAGCAAUUCGAUGUAUCCGAUCAGUACAUGCAUUUAUAUUGGAUGGUAGAUCUUUGAAGGCAUGUUUUGGGACCAUGAAGUAUUGUCAUGCGUGGUUAAGAAACAUGCCUUGUACCAAUGCAGAAUGCCUUUAUUUGCAUGAGAUUGGUGCUCAAGAGGAUAGUUUUUCAAAAGAUGAGACCAUAUCAGUCCACAUGAGGAAAAUUGUUUCGCAAAUUACUGGUACGGUGGUCAAUUUUCCGCGGCGUUCAGGGAAUAUGUUACCUCCACCAGUCGAUGAUUAUGUUGAGUAUGAGUCUAGCGCAAGACAAAUUCCAAAAAGUGUUGUGAAUAAUGGACAUAGUGUCGUUAAAAGUUCUCCCCCAAAUAGUAGCAACGGCCGGUCUGUUACUCUUCCUGCUGGAGCCUUGUGGGGAAUGCAUGCUUCAGGCCAGUCUUCAAUACCGAAUACACCAUGUGCUGGGGAACCCGUAAGAGACAAAGCUGUUACAGUUUCAUCUGCGGUUGCGACAAAUCCAAUGCAGACUUCUGCAUCUCAUAGUGAUGUAUCAAAGAAGCCAGCAUUAGAGGAUAAUAAUACCUCACAUGGAAAUGCCUUGAAACCGCCUGAGCUAUUGGAUAGUCAGACUGAUUUUCCGGAGCUUUCCGUGGUUAAUAGGACCCAGACCAGCAAUAGUAAGGCAUUAGUUUCUGCAAGUGUGGAUAAUAGUAGAGCUGUUAGUGUGCCAUCAGAUUGCACAGACUAUCCAGAACAGACUUCUCAGUCUUGUAGAUCCAUGCUGUCCAAUGGAAAUAAAAAGGUUGACAGAAGAAUACAGAGCGUAUGCAGCGACGCUGUGUCAGUGAUUGCAGAUAGUGUUGUGGAUGGCACAGAUGGGUUAACUAGGUCUGACCGUUCACAUGUUGAUCACGGUCCCUUAAAGUCUUCUCAUACAGAAGUUUCCCGAGACUCUCGACAGCAUUGUGUCAAUGAAACUAGAGAAGUUCAGCCAUUACAGAAUUGUGGUAGAACUAGCGCAAAUGAGACUGUUGUGUCGAGAGAAGAAGCUAAUACAGGUACUGCUUUGAUGUCUCCAUUGGUAACAGAUAGGCAUCUUGAACCUGCGGAUGAUUUAUCAUUGUUUAUUAGAGAAAGACUCAAGGAUCCAGAAGUUUUUAGCUGUCAACCCAAUGUGGCCAACAAAUCUGGCUUCCAACGCACGUCAAAUAGUAUGCAGCAUUGUUCAUCCCAGUAUAAGGCUGAGCAUGAUGAAACCAGGAGCGUAUUUGGGUCCAGAGGAAGUAGUAUAGCACCCAUCUCUCAUGGAUAUAACGAGAUGACACAUAGCGAGCCCAGUCGUUUAAACAGCAGUCUUAAUCAUUCUAUGUUGUUUCCUGACAAAGCAAGGGACACACAACCAAAUGGAAAGUGCUCCGUUGACUCACAGGGAAACUCUAGGAGUGAAAUAGAUGACAGGAUAAUUGCAAAUAUAUUGUCUUUAGACCUUGAUGAAUACUUAACUUCACCUCAUAACUUGUCGAAGCUACCAGAGCCAGGAGACGUACAGGCCAAGUCUCAUAAGCUAGCAAGUUCCAGUGAAGUUAAGAAUAAUCAGUCCCGGUUUUCUUUUGCAAGGCAAGAGGAAUCCAAGGAUCAAGCUUUUGAAUCAUAUAAUGUCUUCAACCAGAAACCACAUGGCAGUGACUUCUACCAGAAUUCUUCAGAACGGCAGAGCCCUGAUAUGAAAAUGCUUGGGAUGUAUAAUGGCCUUUCAUCCAAUUAUCUCGAGGGACUAGAUUAUGUCACGCAAAACUCCACGUUGCCCUCGUCUUAUAAACCUCCUUCUGUUCCAAGAUGUCCGGUUUCAGCGCCACCUGGAUUUUCAGUUGCAAGUCGACCUCCUCCUCCAGGCUUCACGUCAAAUGGGAGAGAAACGCAGACGUUUAAUGGAUAUUCAGGAAACCAUCGUUUUUCUGAUUCAACAAUGUUCAGUAAUCCAUAUCAGUCACUUCCAGUUGAUAAUACCGGUGCUGUCAGAGAUGUUCAGAUUAUGGAUCCUGCGAUUUUGGCCGUUGGUCCAGGCUUUGAGAAGGCAAACCUAGAUUUCAGAUCAAACUUUCAAGGAAACUCAAACAUGUUUGGAAACGAUGCAAAGCUUCAACAACAACAACAGCAACUGGUAAUGCAGAGCCCUUUGUCUUCUCCGCAACAAAACUGUAGAUUCACAGAUUCUUUGGGAAUGGCAUCAAGGCUCAUUGAUCAAUCUCAAGGGAGUAACUUGCUGUCUAGAAAUCUGGCCUUGCCUAAUAAUGGUAACUGGGAUGGGUUUAGUAACGAGGUCCAAAGCCGAAACAGACUCCAGAAUGAGACGCUCUUUGGUUCAACAAAUCGGAUGAAUGGUUGCAAUGGGAUGUUCAGGAUUUAACAAAAAUGGGCAGAGCCAAUGCACUGGUCUGGUCUAGGAGCCUGCGGUUAGAUCGCCUCGACCUUGAAUCUUAGCUUUCUGGUUACUUAGAAACUGAGCCAAAAAGAGAGAGGUGGUUGUAAAAAAGCUUUAGGAAGUUUUUUAUCGGUUUAUUAUGCAUUUCAUUAUAACAUUUUUCUUUCAUUUUGAAAUAUGUCAAAUAUGGUUUUCAAUUAUGAGGAGGGUUACAUAAGAUUUUGUCUUCU